UUUUCCUGUGUGCAGUUUCAAGCUCAUGCUGUGGCAGAAGGUGCAGGAAAUGCUGAGGAGCCCAUGGAUAUAGUAGUGAAUGUAAUAGACCAGAAUGACAACAAACCUGUUUUCACUCAAGAUACCUUCCUGGGAGAAGUUCCUGAGGCCUCACCAAAUGGUUUUGAGGUGAUUACAGUUACGGCCACAGAUGCUGACCAGCCAAAUUCUGACAACUCAGAUAUCCGCUACCGUAUUUUGAGUCAGGAUCCAUUGUUGCCCAGCGACUACCUGUUUGUCAUCAAUCCAGUCACUGGAGUCAUCAGAGUCAAUGCUGGUGGGCUAGACAGAGAGAAAUACCCCAAGUACACUCUGGUGGUACAGGCAGCAGACAUGAUUGGAGAGGGGUUGACUGGAACUUCCAAAGUAAUCCUCACCGUAACGGAUAGCAACGACAACGCUCCAGAAUUCACUCAGAUCUCU